UCCUGCUCCUUUUGGAUUUUUUAUCUUUUCUCCAGCAAUGCUUGCUUUAUCAGCAUAGGAUUAGGCAGCCAUGUCAUGGGAAGUGGGCAUAGGGCAUGGGGCAGUGCCAGGCACAGACUGAUGGACCAAGUGACGUUCAUAAAACUAGAACUGGCUGGAGAGGGAGGGGCUGCAGGAGCGGAUGAGGCAGAGAGAUGAAUAGAGACAGAAAAGGGGAUACAACAAGAGGGAUAUAAAUGGAAAAAGUAAUUUAAGAUAGAAAAGAGAACACAGCGAGAAACAGAGAGCGAGAGAAGGAGAAGAGGAGAAGUCAGAUAAUACAGAUGUAGAGAGGGAGGUGGAGGCAGAAAGAAAGAAGUGGGAAGGAAGCAUGGGAAUCUUAGUUUGUUAGAGAAGGACAGAUACAUACACAGCACUCACGUGAGACUGUAGCUGAGAUCUACUUUGGGGAUUCCUCUGUAGAUGGAAUGAGAUCAUGGGGAUUCAUGCCCUGGUAGGCAUUUGGUCCUGCUGUGCAAUGAAAUUUCUGUAUAAACAAGGGACGGAGCCAGGACUUUUGGAAGGAAGGGCAUCUCUGGCAUGAUAUAUUACUUCUGGUGAGAUGGAGGUGAUGUGGUGGGCACUGCUGUGGUGCCAUCAUGCCCAGCUUUUUCUUCAUGCCAACCAGGAUUUUCAGAGCCCUUCUUGGAACAAUGACAUUAAUGAAUUAACCCCAAAACAAACUCCUUCAACUCCAACAUCCUCGCUGCCCCUGCCUACUCCUUCAGAUCUUUCAUCGCUACCCUCUUUGCAAGACUCUUCUCCUACUUAUUCAAUUUUGACCCCAUCUUUAUUUUCACAAGAUGCUACAACCACCAGUCCUACAACUACUCCACAGCCAUCUACUCCUGAACCAGACCAGCCAGAUGAAGAAGGCAAAAAAGCAGCUCUACAUUUUCUGCACUCAGGGGAUUUUCUGUCUCUGUCAGAAGUGAACUGCACCAGGAGGUAUGAGAUAAAUGACCUGCAGGGAUCCCCACCUGAAUCCCUUCUCCAUCAUGUCAGAAGACCAAUUGACUAUCUUCUACAUGCCACCAACUUCCUUAAUAUGAUAUUUCAAGCCAGUGACAUGCGAGAAUCCAGUAUACGAGAAGAUAUGGAAUGGUAUCAUGCUUUGGUUCGCAGUCUUGCUGGGGGAGAUCCACACAUUCGUCGGGCAGCACUCUCCUUCACUGCCCAACCUCUAUCCUCUAAACCCCAGCUACUUCUUCAGGCAACAAAGGAAGGUCAUGAAAUUCUUCUUCAAGACCUCUCCUCAACCCUGCACCGUGUAAGACAUAUAAAAAAUUAUGGUAUAUGGAACAGCUUUCAAACCAACCUCUCUCUUACCAAAGCCAUUCUAGUAAAUGACCUGCAAAGUUUGGAGACACCUAAGUGGAGCCGUGGAGACAGCUACAUUGUGGACCCAAACCAAGUUCAAUGGUCAAAGCCUUUUCUGGAAUGUGAGGGGAGUCGCUUUUCACAAAAAUGGAUGAUCUCACUUUCUACAGCAUUCUAUGGGCUAAAACCUGAUCUGAGUCCAGAGUUUAAGGGAACCCUGCAUGUGGAUGUGCGUUUGUUGAGUCUGGGAAUAGACCAGUGUACCCAGGGUUCCGUCUGGUUUGCUAACACUCACAAAUGCAACAAGAACAGUACUCAGUGCAUAUCGGAUGAAAGAGACGGCUCCGUCUUGGGCAGGUACAGAUGCGUGUGCCAGCCUGGCUAUUACAGGACACAGACUGAGGGAUUAGACAAUUCCUAUCCAGGGGUCACUGCCUGCCUGCGCUGUUGUAAGGGAUGUACCACUUGUGUGGAUGACUCUCCUUGUGUGGCGGAAGAGGACUGGGCCCUUCGUGUUACUGUAUUAUCAUUACAAGCAGCUGGGAUGCUGGGAGUCUUCUUGAGCAUGCUGGUCUCCUACAACUUCCGAGAAAGCAAAAGGAUCCGGGCCUCAGGUCUUAUUCUCCUGGAGACAAUCCUCUUCGGGUCACUGCUGCUCUACUUUCCAGUAUUCAUUGUGUAUUUUAAACCUGGUGUUUUUCGUUGUAUUGCCCUUCGUUGGGUUAGAGUUCUUGGCUUCUGCAUAGUAUAUGGAACCAUUAUUCUUAAACUUUACAGAGUCAUGAAAAUUUUCGUUUCGAGGACUGCUCAGCGUAUUCCCUACAUGACCAGUAUGCGUCUAAUACGCAUGUUAGGUGUUAUGGUGAUGGUGUGUAUUUGGUUCCUUGUGGGAUGGACAGUGGGAACAAUGGAGAAUGUGCAAAGAGGAGUGCCUGUGGUUGUCCACUCACAAACGCAAGAAGGGCUUAUGUUUUACAUGUGUGAUUAUGACCGCUGGGAUUAUAUGAUGGCUUUGGGUGAGCUAUUGUUUUUGUGCUGGGGCAGUUACCUGUGUUAUGGAGCUCGUACUGUGCCCUCUGCUUUCCAUGAGCCACGUUACAUGGGACUGGCAAUACACAAUGAGAUGCUUCUAUCUGCUGCAUUCCAUAUACUCAGGUUUGUUAUGGUUCCAUCACUUCAACCGGAUUGGACACUUCUUCUGUUCUUCAUUCACACACAUGGGACAGUCACAAUGACACUUACUUUACUGUUUGUGCCCAAGUUCUUGCAUGCAGGAGGUCCUCUACAGGAAGAGAUUGCAGCUGAAGUGUACGAAGAUGAGAUGGACCUGAGGCGUUCUCGAUCCAAUCUAAAUAGCAGUAUCACCUCUGCCUGGAGUGAGCAUAGUCUGGACCCUGAUGAUAUCAGAGAUGAGCUGAAGAAGCUUUAUGCACAAUUGGAAGUCCACAAAACUAAGAAGAUGACCUUAAACAACCCUCAUCUGCAAAAGAAGCGCAGUUCACGUCGGGGACUUGGACGCUCUAUUAUUAGGAGAAUCACAGAGACCCCAGAUUCAGUUUCAAAGCAAGGUGGAUGUGAAGAGCAUGAGGGACCACCUGGUUCAGCUAGUGGGCAAAGGCGAAGGCUACAGGACAGUGGAAGCAUUAAACUACGUGAGGAGUCUUUAAGACAGAGAGUUCUAUCCUUACGCAAGUCACACAGCACUUAUGACCACAUGCAAGAAUCCAAGGAUACUGGAGCUACAUCCCCACGUCUGGAGAGCUCAUCCCGAGAUGCAUCCUUGCGUGACUCUCUAAUGAGACGAAAUCUUGCCAGGAAUGUGUCGCUACGCUCUUGUGGAGAUUCUCUCCGUCAGGCCACCCUGGUCUGUAAAUCUCUUAGCGCCCAUAAUUUGUUAGCAGAUAAGAAACCAUUAGCUGUACCUGCUGGAACUCUACAGAAGUCACAUAGCAUGAUAGGAAGCUCAAGAGGAAAGGGCCCACUAACAGACACUACUACAGAGAGGUCAAGGGAGGGGAGUCGUAACCUAUUAUUAGGGGGAAGUUUUGACAAAGCGGUAGUAUGUCCUUGGGAGCUGCAAGAGCUCCCAUUAUUAUCUGAAAACCAAUCUCAAAAACAUGUUAGUUAUGCACCUGCAAAAUGUAGUAGUCUAGACAGUUCUCAUGCAUCAGGAAAGCAACACGGUUCAUGUGGAAGAAAAGGGGAAAUAGGAGUAAAGUACCAUAGUGUGGGCAGCAGUGAUGAGCCCAUAAGUCAAAAUGAGGUACAUCAGCGAUCAGAGCAACCAAGGAAUGAAAAUUGGGGCUCGCCACCUCUCACGGGUAGUCAUGUAACUAUACAAAACACAGAGAACUUUGUGUCGAAUGGGACAGGUUUGGACAUGACAGGUACAACAAUAAAGAAACCAGAGUCCAUAGAAUUGACACAGCCACCAUAUAAAAGUACACUAAAAAGUUUGGUUCUAGCUGUCAGAGCAUUUAAAGGAACAACUGGGGGGAAAGAGAACAAGGAAAGAAAAUCUACUGUGGAGGAAACAGAGGAUGCCAAAAAACAGUUGCUUGAAACAAUUUGCCCUUGGGAGGUAGAAACUGAAUUGAUUGGGGACAAGAGACAAAAACCUACUUCACUGAAUUUAACAGAUAAUACGGCACCAAUUUCUACAUCUCAAUUAGAACAGCACACUCUUAACAGAGAGGAAAAUGAAGAUAAACAGUCCACUUCCAAAACUUCCAAGCAUACUUCUCCAGUCAGAUUAGAGAAAAUGAGUGACCUAAGGGAGGCAGUAUGCCCUUGGGAGAGCAUGGAAGGUAUUAAAAAUGUUCCUUUUAAGUCAAACAGUGUAGAGAGCAGAAGGAGUGAAAUAUGUCCAUGGGAAAGCACAGACAGUGAAGGCCCAGGUGGUCCCUUAAGUCAGUCAGGGAGUUGCCUAUCCUUUCAAAGUCCCCUAGCAGAUGGAAAGAAGAGUGAAAAUGAUCAUGUAUGGGAAAGUGUGGAUAAAAGAAAAGAGAUUUGUCCAUGGGAAACAGGUGAAGUAGAAGAAGUUAAAACAAGAGGCCUGAGUGGACGUAACUUAACUAUGAAACUUGAAGCACUAGGCAGACAGAGAGAUGCAGUGUGCCCGUGGGAGAGUGAGGAGUCUGGGGGCUCUCCUGGCACUCUUAGCCAAUCACAGAGCAAGACAUUUGACACAUGCCAUAUUCAGUCCAAAACUUCUGACAGCUUGGAUUUGGAAUCUCGAAGAGGCGAGAUCUGUCCUUGGGAGAGUUUGGACUCUGAAGGAACUCCAGCCGCCAUGAGUCAGUCUCAGAGUCACAGCUGGGAGCCUACUAAGGGGGCAGAAGAGACCACAACAUUGAAGUCAUCUAAUCCAGCAAACUCAUCUGGGUGCCAGUUGUACAAAUCACAAAGUAAGCAGGAUUCCUUGUGCAGCUGGACAAGUGAAGAUGCUCGACCACUAACUAAAAUCAUAAGCAAGAGUGAGGGUGGUCUGUACACCUCAGAAACAACAAUAAAGCAUGAUAAUAGGCGUGGUCACCAUUCUCUUGUUGAGAAAACCAAGAGGUGUGUGGACCAAAAGGAAAGUAGCACUAAACCAACACAGAAUGCAAACAGACACAACAUGGAGGCCUCGGGGGUUGAACACACAAACAAAUUGGCAGAGCUGUGUCCAUGGGAAGUGCAGACAGAACCUCUAGAUAUGCAAGAUACCCAGGUCAAAGCUGGCAAAAUUUAAGUCUUUCCAUGAGACCUUCAAUAACAUUGAGUAGAAGAGACAAACUGUUUAAAUAGGGUGAAAGUUAAUGACUCAUAAUGAAGAAGAUAUAUCAUCACAGGGUUUUAAAGCUUACUUUAAAUUCUAUUCACAUUGACUUUACUCUUCCAUGAUUAAAACAAAAAUCAAUGGUAAAUGAGAUCCUUUGUUUCCAAAUCUGAUAAAAAAACAAACAAA